GGAUUAUUUGAUUAUUAGUUUUAUGAUGGAUAAUUUGAAGGGGAAAGCUAUUUGAGGCUAUAAAUUGCUGCCACGAGUUCUUGACAUUCGAACAAUUUUAGCAAUAGAAGAAUACUUAGUCAAAAUGUAAGCCUACACGUCCAUAGAUUAACAGAUGUCCAGUACUCAAUAGGAGAAAAAAAUCCAUAGAUGCAAUCAUAUUAAGCACAAACUAGGGCUAGUGAAAAAAAAUACCAAUAUAUCAGACUUACAUGUGCAGCAUAUUAAUUAAACAAAGUAUUAUAGUAGUGAUUAUCCUGAAUCCCUUCCCCAGCUUAUAAAAACAAUUUAAAGCUGCUUUAUUGAAUUCCAGCUACUUUAUGUAUAUUUUCUUGCAAGUUGUUGGCAAAAAUAAUUAUGAUAUUCACAUUUGGUGCUGCUUUUAGCCUAUAAAAGAACACUAGCAAUGACAAGAUUAACAGCAAACUAAAGCUUUAUCCAUUUUGGUACUAAGCCAUGGCUUCUUCUUCACAACCAUUGUUGGACACACCGAAAAGAAAAUCCUCCACUUCUAAAGCUCUCUAUGUUCUUCUCUCCAUAGCUGCUAUUGUGGGCUCAGUUGGAUUAGUUUCAAUCUGGGCUAUUAAUGUCAGCAGCCCAUCUCUUUCCUUGACAGCCCAUGUUUGUGAUCAGGCCCAUGAUCAGCCAUCUUGCUUGGCCAUGGUGUCUGAGGUUGCACCUGUUGGUUUGAUGGAUUCCACGACAGUGGAUUUGUUACAGAUGGUUUUGCAUAAAUCAUCGUUAAAAAUCCACGAGACGAUCGAUUUAGUGAGCAAUGUGAACGUUAGGAUCAAUGAUGGGAAGGAGCAAGCAGCUCUAGCAGAUUGUCUAGAGUUAAUGGAUUUGUCAAGUGACAGAUUAAUGGACUCCAUGAUGUUACUUGGGAACUUGUCGGCCCAAACCCACUUUGAUGUCCAUACAUGGCUAAGUAGCAUUCUGACUAACCAUGCUACUUGCAUGGAUGGGCUAAGUGGUCAGGCCCGGACCAUUAUGAAGCCCAUAUUGAAGGAUUUGAUAGUAAGAGCAAAGACUUCUUUAGCCUUGAUGGUUAAAAUGGCACCAUCUAAUACCAUGGAUCUUCCAUCAGUUACUGAUGGAUUACCCUCAUGGGUUACUUCUUAUGAUAGAAGGCUUUUGCAACUUUCUGCAAAUGCCAUAACAGCCAAUGUUGUAGUGGCUAAAGAUGGUAGCGGAAAAUUCAAGACAAUAAAGGAAGCAGUAGCAUCAGCUCCAGAUAAUAGCAAGACUCGUUAUGUUAUAUAUGUGAAAAAAGGAAUAUACAAAGAGAAUGUUGAGAUUGGGAAAAAGAAGAAAAAUGUGAUGCUUGUUGGUGAUGGCAUGGACGCCACCAUCAUCACUGGUAGCUUGAAUGUUGUCGAUGGUGCAACAACCUUCAACUCUGCAACUGUUGCUGCUGUUGGGGAUGGAUUCAUAGCCCAGGAUCUGCAGUUUCAAAACACAGCAGGAGCAGCAAAACACCAAGCAGUGGCACUUCGUGUUGGGGCAGAUCAAUCAGUCAUCAAUCGUUGCAAAAUAGAUGCAUUCCAGGAUACCCUCUAUACCCACAGCCUCCGCCAAUUCUACAGAGAUUGUUACAUCACUGGCACUGUAGAUUUCAUCUUUGGUAAUGCAGCAGUCGUGUUCCAAAACUCAAAAAUCGCAGCACGAAAGCCUGGGCCUGGACAAAAGAACAUGGUUACAGCUCAAGGUCGUGAAGAUCCAAACCAAAAUACAGGAACUUCAAUCCAAAAUUGUGACAUUAUUGCUACCUCAGACCUUGCACCAUUGAAAGGGUCCGUUAAGACAUAUUUGGGCCGUCCGUGGAAAGCGUACUCACGAACUGUAUUUAUGCAGUCCAAUAUUGGAGACCAUAUUGACCCAGAAGGUUGGUCAGUAUGGGAUGGUGAUUUUGCCUUGAAAACUUUAUAUUAUGGUGAGUAUAUGAACAAAGGACCUGGAGCUGGAAUUAGUAAGAGAGUGAAGUGGCCUGGUUAUCAUAUUUUAAGUGCUUCAGAGGCAACGAAAUUCACAGUGGGUCAGCUGAUUCAAGGAGGAGUAUGGUUGAAAUCUACUGGUGUGGCUUACACUGAGGGCUUGUGAGAACUCUGUUAAAUUGAUCUGCCUAUCAUGUACUGCUAGUGAAGUUUUAGUAUGUUUCGACUGCUGGUUGUAAGCUUGUUUCGUAAUAAUAUGCUGCUGAGUAGUGGUUCUGUAAUGUGAA